AUGGAAUCAACAGAAAGGAAUAGUCGGGGUCGAUCAGCUGAGCUGGAUGGACGACGAAUCAACGCCGUGUCUCCCAUGCAUCUUGGCGAAUCGAAAAUGCUGCAAAGUCUCUGGAAGGAGCAUCAGCAACAGCAACAAGAGCAGCAACAACUGCAGCAACAAGCCUCUUCCAAUCCCGGGCCUGCAGAGAAUCGGGGUCACAUGAAAGGUGAUGACGGUGAUCGGAAAUUGCAAUUGAUGCUAGAAAAAUAUCAAAGUCAAGUGAAACUGCAGCAGCAACGAGUACCAACCUCAUCACAAGCCAAGACGCCGUCAAGGAAUAAUAUCAACAAAAUUGAAAGCCACGGCGUCGCCUCUGUAUCUAUAGCCCCUUCGCCAGGUCGAUCACAUCCGAUGAGCCAUUCACAGCCGUGCCUCAUCGCUAUUUCGGAUAAACCACCUGAUUAUUCGGCCAGUCAUGUUCACCAAUCUGUUAACCAGUUCCCCAAUCGAGUUUCGUCAGGAUUCGGGUCCUGUGAGCAACACGAGGGGCAGUCGAGUGGAAAUGGUAUACAAAGGGUACCGAACAACCAGAAAUUGAUACAAUCAUUACGGGAGGAAAAUCUCCAUUUGAAAAGAGAAAUCGAAGCCAGUAAAAAGAAACUAGUAAAACUUCAACAGAUGGAAGCAGCCUACGAACGAAUAGAAAAAGAUUACGAGAAUCUCUUGAGAGAGAAAGAACGACAAGAAGGAGUAGAAAAGUCAGCAUUAGUUCAAAUGGAGAUGCAUUUGAAAAGGGUGAUCUCAGAGAAAGAAGCCCUUCAAGAUCGACUGGAGCAGUUUUCACUGCCAAACGCCCAGGCAAUGGAAAAAGUAAAUCAGUUGAAUAUGGUUUUGGCGGAGAUUAUACCUCAGAACAAGGAGCUGGUCACCGUGAAAGAACGUCAACGUUUAGAAUUGGAAGCUCAAAACGCUACGCUUGAGGAGCAGAGAACGCACAUAUCAAUGCUUGAAAAAGCAUUGAGCAAUGCACAAGAACGUUUAGCGAAACGUGAAAAGGUAUGA